ACUGGCCCUUCUUUUCCCUCACCUUUCCAAUUUGACAUUUCAAUCUACUGUUACUGAUCCCUUCUCCCCGCAGCAAUAGUCGGAUUCAUAUUACUGAUAGUGAUAUCAUCUUGAAACUUAAGUCUCCUUCCUUCCUUUCCUUCCUUCCUACUGCAAUCAUUCUUCUUAAUUUGUUUUUAUUGCUUCGGAUACUACUUAUUGAUUCCCUCUCGUCCUUGGCUAUUUCAAUUCACUGCUUAUCUAUAUAUGCUUGCGUAGAAGGAAGUGGAGAGCGACAUGGCGGAAGAGAAAGAGAGGAAGGAGGAGGUGAUGGUGGAUGUGGAGGAAGCUGAGGAGGACGAGACUGAGAGCCAGGCGGGAGGAGAAGGAAACCGCUCGAGAUCGGAAGGGAGUUGCAACGAAAGAGGAGGCACGACGACGACGACAGUGAGGCAGUACGUACGGUCCAAGAUGCCGAGGUUGAGUUGGACGCCUGAUCUCCACCUCGCCUUCGUCGACGCCGUCAAGAGGCUCGGUGGCCAAGAAAAGGCGACGCCAAAGAUGGUUCUUCAGCUGAUGAAUGUGAGAGGGCUCAGCAUCGCUCAUGUGAAGAGCCAUCUACAGAUGUAUCGGAGCAGAAAAUUUGAUGGAACUGGUCGACGACGUAAGUCAUCCGUGGAUUUGCGUCGGAGAGAAGAAGGUCUCGGCCAUGAGGUGCCGUACUACCCACGAACAAACUCAAUUUUGCAGCCCUUCAUGAGAUUCUCGAGCGCCCAUCGAACCAGUGCUGCUCACUUCUACGUCGUCGACGACGUUGGUCGAUCGCUCUACCAGCCGCAAGGGUUUGCUCCAGUGACAGUUUGUGAAUGGGCAUCGGAACGGAGUUGCCUUUCUUCCCAGGAUCAAGUCCCCAGAAAAGGGCGAUUCAUGCAUGAGAUGCAUUUUGAGUUGGAGCAAGAAAUGUCUCGGAUAUGUUCAAAGAAGGUGGCUGCAUGCAUGGCGGUCGACGAUUCUUUGGACUUGCAGCUGAGCACGAAGGUGAAGAAGGUGCAUGAAGAAGAGGAGCUGUCACUUUCGCUCUCUCCUCCGGGUACUUCGAUACUUCAUAAGAAAGGAAAAGUAGACAUGAAACCUCGUGGGAUGCAGUUGAUAGAGAUAGAUAGCAGCAAGAAGGCCGCUCUGGGGCUGAGUACUUUAGAUCUGACCAUGUCAAUUAGAGCAUUGGAGUGAGAUCUUUCAAGUACUCGUUUCAAGGCCUUUACGAUCACUGAUUCAGCUUGCUUAUGUAUUCUAUUUGUGGAAUAAGAUCGUCUAGAUCAUUUAUUUUUUUCUCUGA